UUGUUCCUGAUGGCGGGAGGCGACAAUAUUUUUUGAUUUCACUUCCCAUAACUUUAUGGCAGUAGAAAAUCCGAAUUAUUCUUGUUUUGACUACCACGUCUGUUUUGUUUUUUGUACAUUGUAUUUAUUUAGUUUUUGAUUCAAAGAUUUGUCGAAAAAUGCCAAUUACCGGUGUGAUAUAAUGGUGAUAAUCUUCAGUAUCACAUUUCUCCGAGAUCUGCGCUUAUCGAUGUUUUUUUGACAUCUCAUCAUACUUCGGUGAAUAAAUUCUCAUGUUUUCGGAAAUAAUCAGUAAUUUUGCUCGCCUAUAUGCGAAAUGAUCUCAUAAUGGAUCCACACAGAUUUUUUGGGCAUCGAAGUUCGUAUUACUACGCAACGCCACCGCCAAUCAGUCGUCCAGAUCCGUAUUUUCCACCUCGAGAAAUCGACGAUCGUUUAUACCGUGUCCGUCAUGAUGGAUACCCGUAUUUGCCACCAGUACCUAAUAGAGAAUUCGUCGACGUACCUCCACCUCGAAGACGAAUACCGCCACCUUAUGUCGAGCCCAACGAUAGACUGUAUCGAACCGUUCGUCGAAACUCGCCAACUCCAUCACCGCCACCACCCCAAGUUCAUCAUCAUCAUAAAUCUAAGAAAAAGUCUAAAAAAUCUAAAAAACGAUCGCGUUCGAAGUCAACUAGAACUCCAGAGUACGACGAUGAUAGUCAUUAUGAGUAUGAUAAUAAGAGUAAAGAUACGGAAAUAUUUUCGAAUUCGUUGAAAAAUAUAUCCGACGAGCACGAUUCAUUCUCUGACGCUGAUUUCAAUAGUCCUCUGGGUGAACAAGAUUCGCAAGAACAACAACAAGAUAUUACCGCAGAACCCAAGAAAGAAAUCAAACCGCCUAUUCCGAAUAAUCAAGAUGUAAACGAACGGCCUUUUCAGAGUUAUAAAUUAGUGUCAGAUCCUUCUUUGAAACCGGGUUGCAGCAAGUUAUGCAGGUUAGAUGGUGUUAGGUAUGAUCCUCCUGUUCCACCUAAUACUUAUCCAGCAGUACAAGUCCGAGAUCCUCGAAAUCCUGCGAAAAUUCGUACUAGAAUGGGACCAUUAGAUCUUCCUGUACCGCUUUUCAAAGUUGAUGAACACUACAUUGGCGAACCUCCUCCUUUAGAAGUUACAAUUUGCAAUUUGAACGACAAUAUUGAUAAAGCAUUUUUAUCAGACAUGGUGAUGAAGUUUGGUGAUGUAGAUGAUCUAUAUAUUUAUCACCAUCCUAUCACAAAUAAGCAUUUGGGAUUAGCACGAGUGAUGUUCGCGAAUGUGAAGUCAGCCAAAGAUUGCGUAGAGAAAUUGAAUAAAACUUCUGUGAUGGGAAAAAUAUUGAAAGUUUUUCUGGACGCUUUCGGAGAAGAAUGUAAGAAAUUAUUCGACGAAUUUGCGAAUCCAGUUUCAAACAACAAAGCGAACGCAACAGUGUCGAAAGAUGUUAGAGAUUCAUCGCUGGUUGAUCCAAAAGCAAAACACCCAUCUCCGAAAAAAACGAAAGAAGAAGAAAGUAAAAAUAAUCGUUCGCAAAUCCAGAAACUAGGAGUGAACAAUUCGCAAGAAAAAAGUUACCGGGAGUUUUCAACUCCCUCUUCAGUGAUAAGUGAAAUUAGUUAUAAAACAUUUAAAAGUGAUAAUGGUAAUUCAGAAUACAGCUUCCCAAGUAGCGGCUACCACUCGGGCUCGCAUAAUUCUACGCCGCUAGAUAACUCUAUGUCCAGCAUGAAGAUUAAUAAGUCAGAUGGAUUAAAGUUGCCAGCUAGUUCUGCGAUUUUACCGGCUCCUUGUGAAACACCUCAUUGGCCUAACGAUCAUAUAAUUGAACGUACUGAAAAAGAAGAACGAGAUGAAGAGGAACAACGCCAGUUAGAUCUCGAUACCAGAAUCGAAUUAUUAUUAAAGGGACAAGUUGGCGGUGGAAUCGAACCAGCUUUUUACAAAGUCGUCCGAAAGUCCUUAGAUAAUGAUGAAAUAGGUAGCAAGAAAUACGACGAUAGUGUGUUAGACGGGUGUCCGUUGCCUUCCCCUCCGAGAGAACCCCCAUUACCGCCGCCUCCGCCGCCACCGCCUCCUCCUGAAGAAGACUUAGAUAAACCGCUAUCGAGGCCUCCAUCCCCGUUUCUGUCUAAAGAGGUGUAUCUAGCUUGCCACCAAAGAGCUAUUGAAUUAGCUGAAAAGGCUAGAGAAGAGGAGAAGUUGCAAACCACCAAAUUUUUAGAAAAUGUUAUCAAAGACAAAUUCAACCGUUCGGGAGACUCGAGUGAUGACGAAAUCGGUAGGUUCAGCUCGUUGCGCAGAAAACGUGCUGGUUCAGAUGCCGCUUCUACACCCGUACAAGAUGAAGCGGACGACGACCGAAUGAGUUUAUCUAGUUUGAGUUCGAACGAACAAAUAAUCGAACAACCCUUAAUGAAUCAGAACGAAAUGUAUACGAAUAUUGCUUAUCCCGCUGAUCUCAUGAAUUUGCCUCCGCCAGCGACUCCACAAAUCUCUGGCGGACCGCCGAUCUCUAAUCCUCUAAUACCAACUCUGUACCAACGUUCUACCACUGCUCAAAUUUCGCCAGCUCGUGCGACAAUAAGACCUAUUCAUAUAACCGCUCCUGCUAUUGCUGCGCGUAUACAACCACCCUUUGCCACUAUGCAUACUCUAGUUCCUCGAGCGUCAAUUCAAUCGCAGUCGCAAUUCUAUGGUGAUCAUUUUGCAACAGUUUCGUUCUGGAGUCAAGCACAGAGAGCGUAUGCGCCCACAACGUCGUAUUUUUCGUACAAUAGUACGUUCAAUAGUUUACCUUGCACGAGUAAGCCGCCUCCAAAUUUCAUACCACACAAUCAUGCGACAGCUGAUAAUUUCUAUGCCAGUGAAGACUUGGAUUCAAAAUUAAGAGACGACAAAGCCAGCGCAAUACCUGCGUUGGAUUCGAGAAUUAUCAAUAGCCCGCAUUAUAAAACUAUCGAGGGUAUCGUGCACGAGGUAAUCCACGAAAUGAAACAGAUUUUGAAACGAGAUAUUACGAAGAGAAUGAUCGAAGCCACUGCAUUCACAGCGCUCGAUGUGUGGUGGGAAAAGAAGGAAAAAUCUGCCAAAGAUUCGACAUCUCACAAGAAAACUCAAGAAGAACCCGUUCCGAAUACUGCUGCCAAUUUAAAUCAAAUUUUAGAUUCCGGCCAAGACGGUUUGGAUAAUUUAGCGAUGAGUGGUCUAGGCCUUGGUUUUAGAGCUUCCAUUCCUAAAAUGCCGUCCUUCAAAAGGCGAAAACUUGAACCUCAACCUAAGUAUAAGAAAUCUUACAAAGAAAAUGACGGUAGUGAUCAAGAAGAGUUUGUGCAGCAUUCUGAUACGGAAUCUCAAAUUGAGUUGGACGAUGGAGAAAGCAGUCGUAUGAAAUCUAAACGAUUCUCAAUGAUGGGCAGUAGAAAAGCAUUAGAAUCGAGUGAGACCUCUGGAUUAUCGUCAAUAUCGUCAGAAUCCGAAGACGACUUCAUGUCAUCGAUAAGUUCAUCAUCGAAAUGGGACAGUACGUCCGAAGACGAUGUUGAUGAGAGACGUCAUAGAGACAAGGAUAAUAAGGAGUCGAAACCUAAUUACGAUUCGGAUGCCGAAAGCGUCGGAUAUCAAGAAGCGAGAUCAGCUUUAGAUUUAUUAGAACUGGAAGAUUUCAACUUCAUUAGAGAGAAAACUCCUGAUGGUAGAAAUACACCACUUCCAGAAAGUGAUGUUGAUUGGAGCGAAGAUAGUGACGAUGAAGCAAGUGAAUCGGAACCAGAAGAAGAAAAGGAGAAGGGUCUAGAUCAUUUGACGUUGGCAGAAAGAAUUGCUCUUAAACGUAAAACCGAGCAGAAACCUGAUGAUAGUGCGAUCGCCAAGAAAAUUAAAAUUGAUUCUUCGAAAUCAGAGUCUUCGCCUAUUACACCAAUUAAAGAAAAUAUUGAACCACUGUCGGCUAAAGCUCCUGCUGAAGAAGAAAGCGUUGCUUUUGUCGAUAUGGAACAUUCGUAUUGUUUGCCUCGUUCCAAUAGUCAAGAGAAUGUUGAAGCUGAAAAAGUGUCCACAGUGCCUAGCUUUAUGGAUCACGAUUACGCUUCUUCGCCGCUGUCGCCACCGCCAGUACAAACGCCGUCCAAGAAAACACCUUUGAAAGAUAGAAAUAGAAUUCUUAAUCAUCAUAAGGUUCAUGAAAAAGAUUACAUCCCCGAGAAAAAAAAACCUCCCGAACCGGUAACAUUUGUCAAGAGGAGUAUGCAAGAGGAAGCUAACAUACUGUUUGAAUUCUUAACUGACGGAAUCGAUGAAGAAGACAUUCAUUACAUCAAGAAAAAAUACGAAACAUUAGUUUCUAAUGACAACUCAUUCUACUGGCUCUACGAAACCAACUGGGUUCAUCAUCCUCCUACUUAUAUAAAUCGUGCUAUCAAGAAAAAUACCAGCGACGGGACAAUUAUUCAUAAAACUGGCUGUGCGAGAACCGAAGGAUAUUACAAAAUUGAUAGUAAACAAAAGGCAAAACAUAAGGUUCAACAUAUGUUGGGUUCUUCAAGUGUAUUCGAGCCGUCGGACGACACGAAAACGAAAACUAUCGCUGGUAAAAUGGUAUCUAUUUCAAGAGAGGCUCGUAGUAAUCAAAGAAGACUGUUGACCGCUUUUGGUGGUACAUCUGAUAGUGAUUUAUUAAAAUUCAAUAUUCUCAAGUUUCGGAAAAAGCAAUUGCGAUUUGCGAAAUCUACCAUUCACGAUUGGGGAUUGUUUGCCAUGGAACCGAUCGCAGCCGAUGAAAUGGUUAUUGAAUACGUUGGUCAAAAAGUUCGCGCCAUUGUGGCUGAUCUCAGAGAACGACAAUACGAAGCAACCGGUAUCGGAAGCUCGUACUUAUUCCGUAUCGAUUUGGAAAACAUCAUCGAUGCCACUAAAUGCGGAAAUUUGGCCAGAUUUAUCAAUCAUAGUUGUAAUCCGAAUUGUUAUGCCAAAGUUAUUACCAUCGAAGGACAGAAAAAAAUUGUCAUAUAUUCAAAACAACCUAUUGGAGAAAACGAAGAAAUUACUUACGAUUAUAAAUUCCCCAUAGAAGAUGUGAAGAUUCCUUGUUUAUGUGGUGCUCAGCCAUGUCGAGGAUUUUUGAAUUAAUUUCUUUCAUUAUGUAUUGGUCCUGUGUUUUUCAUGUUCCUACUUUUAUUUAUUUGUACUGCCCAUCACCAUUCGUGAAGACACACUCGAUGUAAUAUCAGUUAAAAUUCAAUCUCAUUGAUAAUAUCUAUUUGUGUAGGCGUAAAAAUGUACUUUCUGGUUUAGAAUUCAACUCUCCUCAUCAAUUGUAAAUUUAUGUACAUGGAAAUUAUGUAAAUAUUUUGUAAUAACAAAUUUGUAUAUCAACCCCCCUCCCCCUUUUUGUAAAGUCAACUCCUUUUCGCUGCAAUCAGAUGUUGUGUAGAUGCUUUUUAUAAUUGCUGUUUUGUUAUUUUGGUUACUUGUCCAUUUUGUAGAUAAUUUGAUUCUUCAUCAAUACGUCAUAAAAAAUGAUAAUUUUUGAAUUUUUUUUCUUGUAGUAAAUGCUGAUUUUACAAGUUCAACUUGAUAAUACCUCUUUGAUAUGUAAAUUCAUGAUAUAGAUAAGGUAGUAAAAAUUAAAAAAUGUGUUACCUGAAUGGUAUCAAGUUUCAAGUUUUAUUGUUUAAAAUCAAUUGAACAAUAAAAAUUUUU